UUGCGAUGGAACAUGCGUGGCAAUUUCGUGCGAUGAGACCAAAAAAAGUUCAAAGAAAGAAAUUCCAUUGGUUGAUUUAAGAUUCGGAGAAAAUGAAUGUGAUCAAAUUUUCGAAGUUUGCUGUCCAAACUCAUCCUAUAAUGUAAUAAACAAGCCUGUAAAUAAACCGGAAAAGGUUUCAAAACUAUCAUGUGGCAAAAGAAAUACCAACGGUAUUGGCUUUCGGAUCACGGAAAGUUCACUCGCAGAGUCUCAAUAUGGUGAACUUCCUUGGACGCUGAUGAUUCUUUCAAAGGAGGUGUUGUUCGAUGAGCCAAAAUACGUUUCCAUUGGAACAGCUUCUUUAAUUAAACCUGGAGUAGCCUUGACUGCGGCACAUGUGAUGUUCAAAACCAACGGCGUAGAGCUGGUUGUACGCGCCGGCGAAUGGGAUUCCAACAAAGAAAAUGAAAUGUUUCCUGUUCAAGAAGCAAUCGUUAGCAAUAUCAUAUCUCAUGAACAGUAUAAUGCAAACUCCCAGUUUGAAAACAACAUAGCUCUGUUGAUUCUGAACCAACCCUUUGAGCUGCUUGAAAACGUCCAGUUGAUAUGUCUUCCCCCGCCAAACUUCUCCUAUGGUCAAGGAAACUGCGUAACCGGAGGUUGGGGCAAGAUUCACUUUGGAGACACCACCUAAAUCAACAUCAUGAAGCGGGUUCAGCUGCCGAUUGUGGACCGUUACCAGUGUCAGGACGUUCUCCGAACCACGAAGCUGGGACUCGCAUUUGCACUGGACGAAAGUUACAUCUGUGCGGGAGGGAAGGACGGUGUCGACGCGUGUACCGGAGACGGUGGAGCGGCCCUGGCUUGUCCGGAUGCCUCCGGCAGGGUUCACCACCAGGUUGGAAUCGUAGCAUGGGGCGUCCAAUGUGGGUUGGAAAAUAUUCCGGCCGCGUACACGAAUGUGGCCAUGUUUAGUGGCUGGAUCGAAGAGAAACUUCGGAACGUCCCGGAGUAUUUGCUGUGAACGAGAGCGUCUGUGAUGUGUAAGUUAGUAAGUUAUGAAUUAAAUGUAAAAGAGAUUGAUAAACAUUGACAGAAAAUAAACCUUUUUUUUAUUUUUAAAAAAUAUCAGAAGCUGAA